AAUUCAAACCAUCCUUUAACUGACUAGGCUAUUUUGUAUUUCCUACCCUCUCUCAUAUAAUGUUAUUUACUCUUUGUUUCAAUUUAGAAGUCUGAGCACAGGCUAAUGUCAGAUCCAGUGAGUGGGCGGGACUUUCGGUUCUCUGUGCCUGUACCGACCAUUAAAAAAAAAAAUCUGUUGAGUGGAAGAACUGUGGAAGCCAGCUAACGUAAGCUAGGGCUAACCGCCGUAGCCAAUUUGCCCAACCGAGGCAGGUAUUUUUAGUUGGAAGGAUAAAGAAACAACUAAAAGGAGCACACGCUUCCGAUGCUCGUAUUUCCUCCUGGAUAUCUCAAUGGUUUCUUCGUUUUGAAUCGGAAACCAUUCUGGACACCUAGCUUGCUAGUUGGCUAACGUUAAUUCUCACGGACACGUUUCAUCAUUUAAAACACAAAAUCGAAUGUUGUUUUUGUCAUGAGUCCGGCCGGGUGUUCUCAUGUGAACGGUUUUAAAGUGGACAAUUGGAAGCAAAAUCUACGAGUCAUAUAUCAAUGCUUUGUAUGGAGUGGGACUGCUGAAACGAGAAGACGCAAGGUUCUUCAGAAUGAUGCGGGAUGGACAGCACUGGCCAAGUCAUGUAUCUGUCACAUGUGCGGCGCGCACCUGAACCGCCUGCACUCCUGUCUCUACUGCGUGUUCUUCGGCUGCUUCGCCAAGAAACACAUCCACGAGCAUGCCAAAAACAAACGACACAACCUAGCUAUAGACUUAUUAUACGGCGGCAUAUUCUGCUUUGUUUGUCAAGACUACAUAUAUGACAAAGACAUGGAACAGAUUGCCAAAGAGGAACAGAGAAAAGCCUGGAAAUUACAAGGUAUAGGAGAGAAGUACUCUACGUGGGAGCCCACAAAGAGAGAGCUGGAGUUAUUACGGCACAAUCCAAAGCGACGGAAAAUCACUAGCAACUGCACCAUAGGUUUACGGGGCUUAAUAAACCUGGGCAACACCUGUUUCAUGAACUGCAUCGUGCAGGCGCUCACACACACUCCCCUGCUGCGAGACUUCUUCCUCUCGGACCGACACAAGUGCGAGAUGCAAUCAAACUCCUGUCUGGUGUGUGAGAUGUCCCAGCUCUUUCAGGAGUUUUACUCUGGGCAUCGUUCCCCUCACAUUCCCUUCCGGCUGCUGCACCUGGUGUGGACUCACGCGCGCCACCUAGCGGGCUACGAGCAGCAGGACGCCCACGAGUUCCUCAUCGCCGCGCUGGAUGUUCUGCACCGCCACUGCAAAGGUGAUGACAACGGCAAGAAGGCCAACAAUCCAAACCACUGUAACUGCAUCAUCGACCAAAUCUUCACCGGCGGCCUGCAAUCGGACGUCACGUGCCAAGUCUGCCACGGUGUCUCCACCACGAUAGACCCCUUCUGGGACAUCAGUCUGGACUUGCCGGGCUCCUCCACCCCGUUCUGGCCCCUGAGCCCCGGCACAGACAGCAGCACGCUGAACGGCGAGAGCCACCUCACCGGCUCCACCACGCUCACCGACUGCCUACGGAGGUUUACUCGUCCUGAGCACCUGGGAAGCAGUGCCAAAAUCAAGUGUGGCGGUUGCCAUAGUUACCAGGAGUCCACAAAACAGCUGACCAUGAAGAAGCUGCCCAUUGUGGCGUGUUUCCACCUCAAGCGGUUUGAGCACUCAGCCAAGUUACGGCGGAAGAUCACCACCUACGUCUCUUUCCCUCUCGAGCUGGACAUGACGCCCUUCAUGGCCUCUAGUAAAGAGAGUCGAAUGAAUGGCCAGUAUCAGCAGACAGUAGAUGUCUUAAAUAACGAUAAUAAGUACUCGUUGUUUGCUGUAGUGAACCACCAGGGCACACUGGAGAGUGGCCACUACACCAGCUUCAUCAGGCAGCACAGGGACCAGUGGUUUAAGUGUGACGAUGCCAUCAUCACCAAAGCCAGCAUCAAGGACGUGCUGGACAGUGAAGGGUAUUUGUUGUUUUACCAUAAGCAGUUCCUGGAAUACGAGUAGCCUUACCUGCACCUGCUGCUGGAGAACCCACGACCAGACCCAACCCUAGCCGCCACCUGCUGGCACGUGAGACACAUGCAAACACACACCUCUCUACCUGAAAACUCAACUGACUACCCACCUGCUCUAGCCCCCGCCAAGCGAGGAAGAGUGGGACAGAAAAACAAACAAACAAAUAAAUAAAAAAAAUAAAAAACAAACAAGAAAAAAAAAAGACAAAACAUGAAAUGAUGCAAAACGUUCAGCUGCACUGAACGCACUUCUACUUGACAACGGGGGACGGCUUCGGACAAACGAGAAGAGGACGAAAAGAGAGGCAUGAGGCGUUGAUGGAAGCAGAGGGCAACGCCGUCUCGGACAUGACCCAGAGGAGCCUUCGCUGUCCCUUCUUCUCUCCUCCGAGAUGAAGGGAUGCGUGGAGAGAGGAGGAGGAGGAGGAGGAGGAAGAGGGCACAUCUCAACUUCAACUACAGUAUUGUCUGAUUCUUGUACUGUUUGGUUGUUUUAGUUUUUUUUUUUUGUUUGUUUUUUUCCAUGGUGCUCUUUUUCUUGUUGACCUAGCAUUAGGGGUGGGGUGGGGGUGGGGGGGCACUGUUCCUCUUGCGGAACCGACUAAGAGAACCAGCGAGGAUGACGGAACAGAAAGGUAUUAAUGAACUCAACAACUUUAAAAAGAGAAUAUGACCAGUGAUUAUGAUGCCUGUUUGUGAAGUUUAGUUUUGGAAUACUGUAUGACUUUUAGCACAUUUUUUUUUUUUCUUUUUUUGUGGACAACGUGUAAGUGGGAGGACUGAGAGAGAGGGCCAGCUGAUUGGCCGAUCCAGGGCAACACUGCCGUGGCAACGAAAAAAAACAAAGAUGGGCCUGGACCUUUUUUGUUUUUGUUUUUGUUUUGUUUUGUUACCUUUUUUACUUGUCUGUCUCUGUCCAUGGCAGGUCUUCAGGUCAUUGUCUUGUUUUUUGUCAUUUUUGGUUUUUGAUAUUUGUAUUGGACUGCGGCGAGUUCCAGUGUGUCCUAGCUGCAAGAGACUGCGGCGAGGUCCAGUGUGUCCUAGCUGCAAGAGACUGCGGCGAGGUCCAGUGUGUCCUAGCUGCAAGAGACUGCGGCGAGGUCCAGUGUGUCCGAGCUGCAAGAGACUGCGCGGGGGAACGGGGAGUCAUUGUGUUGGUUGUGAAAUGUUCUGGCUGUUCUAAUGAUUUAUUAAAUGGACGCAAGGAGCUUGGCAGCAGUAUAUAUAA